CGAAUAUACCGCAUAACUUUAUUUUACUUCCAACAUACCGUUACGUCCAAUAAACAGUUAAACGCAGGUUACCAGUUGUUUGCGAGGCGCGGCAGAAUACGCACGUCUCGUUAGACUGGAAGUAGUGGACGAGAGCGACGGUUGCGGUGGCAAAUUCUCCGCUGUGAUCGUCUCUGAUAAGUUCAUCGGGAAACCCUUGCUCGCUAGACACAGAUUAGUUAAUUCAGUGCUCCAAGAAGAACUGAAAGUUAUCCACGCCUUCACUCAGAAGACCCUUACGGUAGACCAAUGGAAAUCACAAAACCAAUAGUAUUUUAAUGACUGCUUUAAGCUGAACCAUAUUACCAACCCAUAAACUCAUUAACCCAUAUCAUCUGUAAUCAUGGAUUUAUGUAAAGUGAAGGUCACUGCUCCCGGGAAGGUUAUUUUGCAUGGUGAGCAUUCGGUUCUCUAUGGGGAGAUCGCGGUAGCAUGCAGCAUAGGACUUAAGACUACUACCGUUAUUCAGGAAGUAAAGGUGAUUAAUGAACCGUCAAUCAACAUUAUUUUCCUGUCACUGGGACUGAAUGAAAGUAUUCCAUUAAAGAAAGUUGUGGACUAUUUCUUUGAACCACCAUUUUCAAAGUCAUGGAAGAACCACAUAGAAGUAGACCAUGCAAGCCACUUAGCAAAAGUCGACCGAUUCUGGAACACAAUCAAACCUAAUUUCGAAAAAUUUUCAGAAGUCCAAAAGCAGUCUUUACGAUCGUUUCUUUAUUUGUUUUCUAAGAUAUUUGCUCACACAGAUCUACUAAAAAAUAGUAUGAGUGUCAAAAUGACUACUGAGUUAACUAUCGGCGCCGGCACAGGCAGUUCUGCUUCCUUCGCCGUAUGUUUAGCAGCAGCGUUCCUGCAGUUUCUCAAAGUGAAAUGUGGUUGUAAUGACAAGAUAUUUCACUUGGAAGAUUUGGAACGUAUAUCAGCUGAAGCUUUCGAAUCGGAGAAGAUAAUGCAUGGAACACCUUCAGGCAUAGACAACACAACGUGUACUUUCGGCUCUCUAGUGGCAUACAAAAAAGGUGGUACCCCGCGUUUGCUUGACUUCAAAACCAAUAUACGUAUUCUGCUCGUCGAUACAAAAGUCAGUAGGAAUACAAAGAGAUUAGUGAGCCACGUGUCAGCUCUAAAGGAUAGGAACAGCAAUGCUGUAGACUGUGUGAUGAUGGCCUGCGGUCAUGUAACCACUACCGCUAUAAAAAUAUUGGAAGAGCUGGCUCAAGAUGGAGUCAAGGAUACUGAAGAGAAAUACCGACACUUGGCGGAUCUAUGGAACAUGAACCAUUGUCUUCUAGCAUCCCUGGGUGUAUCACACCCAGCAUUGGAAGAUAUCAGGGCAUCGGCUGCGGUGUAUGGUUUUGGAUGCAAACUCACUGGAGCAGGUGGUGGGGGGCACGCCAUUGUUUUAUUGCCGCCAUCAAGCGAUCAAACCACAAUAGACUCUCUAAUUGCUGAUCUUAAGAAUAAAGGAUAUGCAGUGAAGGACACUCAUCUAGGAAGCGAUGGCGUCUCGCUUGAAAUGUAGAUACUUUAUUUUGUAUAAGAAUAACUUCUGCAGUGAAUAAGACAUAUAUAUAUAAGAGAAGGUUGGCUUUAUUUAUAUAUGGUAUUCAGUAUUUACAAGAUGUUAUGGGUAUUUUAUUUGUAUUUUAGUGCUUGAUGACAUUCAUUUUAAUUAUUAAAGCGAUAUAGAAUGA